AGAUCGAUAUCUCACUAUGUUAAAACGCGGAUUCUCCGCCCGACCCUUUUGCCCACCCUUCUUCGUACCAUGCGCGGGACCCUCUUCCCAAACAACACUCUUGGUCCCGCCCGCCAGCCUCCUUCUGCCGAAGAAGCCAAACAGAUCAGACGCCGCUGCGCAGUACAGCUCCUAAGCUUAGUUCCACCAAGAGUAGCCAGCAUUUUCUUCGCAAGUGAGAGCACCGCCGUGCAUCUCGAGCAAGUUGAGGAGGCGCUGUGUACUCUUGAAGACCCCUAUCUCAACAAACACCUCAUCUUCCAGAUUGUGGAGCUGAUAGUCCUCAGAUUGGUGCCGGAGUUGGGCGAGACAGGGGUGAAGGAAUUGCUCGAUGACCGGUUAGGCUGCUUGUAG